GUUUUAUCAUUUUUGAUGAUGACUUCCAAACCCUAGAUAUUUCGCCUCAUAUUUUGCCAUAAAAGCACAACAUCCGACAACAAAAGCUUUCUGUGAUAUCCUCUUCCGCCAUGGUACUGAUGAAACGCUAUCUCUUUCCAUGCGCUUUUGCGGCUCUUCUUUUUCUUACAACGCUUUAUCAUCAUGCUAACUCUCACGCAACACCACGACAAGAUUCUUCAGACGAUAGAGUUCCGAAACGAGACAUCUCCCGCGAUCAUACCUUCGAGGAGCUGACGGAAAAUGCUGUUUCUCGACCUGCUUUCCUUCGGUCAAGAUCUCAACCUCAUGAUUUACGCCGCUAUGUUCAAGAUGCAGAAGAAUCAUCCAAUGACGUGGGCAUCGCCUUUCUUCCGCGACGACAGGAUCUCGAAACAAAGCCACUACGUCGACGAAACCUCACCGCCAGCAAAGCCGCCAAGAACAAAGUGUCCGAGCUACGGGUCAAGUUGGAAGUGGCCUUUCAGAAGCUUCCUCCAGAACUGGGAGCAUUUUUGCUCAUUGCGCUCUUCGUGUUGAGUGUCGCGUGUCUAGCUUGCGGCUGCGUCAUGCCCUGCUUUUACUUUUACGAGCUCCACUUGACCACAUCGAAUACAGCUACGUUGGAGUACCCAUUUGGAUCCUCGAGUCAAACUCCGAAAGAAAUGUCUGCACACGACGAGCGCUGGAAAGGAUCCAAGAGCCUAGGUCCCUCUCUGGCGGAGGUUGCUCAAGCUUCGAACAUGUCGUACCUGUAUAGAUACCGAACUGCUGGAGCUGUUGCCGUGAAGGAAACUACUGACAAGCCGGAGAGUGAUUCAAGCGACUUCUCCAUGUCGGCCGAAUUCGAAGUCUAGGUAUACUGUCGCGGGUGGCUGGCCGGAUCCUUUCAGCUGGACUAGUGAUAACUAAAAUAGCUCCUCAAUGUCAACAGUGGGGCUGCCUUUUGGCAAGCAAUAGUUGGUGGUCAGCCUUGGCCAGCAGCACAUACCCUUCUCCAAUGUCUUGUAGUCG